UUAAUAAUUUGAAGGCACGGCAUUUGAAUGAACGGCAGUGGUUUGGGGACUCGCGUCUAGCGACAGCAGAAAAUUCCUGGCUUCCGCAUGCGCAAUUAUGUUUAUUUAUGUUUGGGGGUUAUGUUGCGGCCUUCAAAUGUUUGGCGCUCAGCGGCAACCCAGCUUACAGCAUUUGUGGGAUCUCGAUAGUUCGAGGACGAACGGCAAUAGUCGAUUACGCCAUGAAAAUCCCGAAAAUGCUAGAAUAUUCGCCGGUCGACGAAAGCCGGUGCGCUGAUAUAAAUACAGGAGAGACCGAACUUAAUUUAAUCAGAUUUAGACAGCUAUCAGAUAUAGUUUGAAUUAGUGAUUAUUGUAGUUAUUUUUUGUGAGUUGAAUAAAUUGUUGUGUUGUUAAUUUUUAUUACUAGAAUCCGUCGAACCCCGGAAAAGUUUUAGCCGAACUGUUACUAUUACAAAAUGACUAACGAAUGUUCAGUAUGUCAAAAGAAAUUUUCUAAACACUCAAAUUUAAGAUGCCACGUAAAAAAAUUCCAUCCUGAUUUAUUAAAUGAAGUCGCACCAAAUAAAGUGUUUAAGUGUUCAGCUGUUUGCAACAAAUGUAACAAAACAUUUACAAUGAAAUCAAAUUUGAAACAGCAUGUACUAAAAUUUCAUGCAGAGGAAGAGAAUAAGCUGACAUCGUCAAAGGUUUACCCAUGUGAAAUAUGUCAGAAAAACUUCUCUGGUUUAAAUCAUUACAUACAGCACAAAAAAACACAUCAAGGUGAAGAGAGUGUUGAUAAACUCGUACACUCAUUCCAAUGUAGUUUGUGCAAUAUUGUAUGUGCUACAAAAUUGUCACUCAUAAAUCAUUUUGAACAAGACCACGGCAUCAAGAUUUCAGUUACUGCAUUGGAAUUUUCUAAUGAAUCUGAUUUUAAAAAUUGGAAAAGUAAUUUAGAAGAAAAAUCAUAUUCCCAGUACGUGUCCUUCUGAAAUGCAAGUUACAGUGUUAGAAAAUGAUGAGCAUAAAAUAACAUUUACGGAAACGCAUAUAGGACAUGACCAAGAUUUAGGACAUCUACAUCUUACCGUUGAGCAAAGAAUGGACGUAGCUAAA